AUGUCCUUUUCUCAACCUACCACAAAUUACUGGAAGUCUGAACAUUAUCAACCUUCAACAAUCUUGUCAGCAGGUAGUGAUGCUAAUGAUGAUAUGUACAAUGAUAUUUGUGAAUUAAAUCACGAAAAUGUAACCUUGUUUAAUGAUCAACAACAAAAUCAACAACCUGUAGGUGACGAACAAUAUCCCUUUAAUAAUUCAACCAAUUUUUCAACAACUAACGAUUUCAACUAUAUGGGUCAAGACCAUUUCAAUAUAUCUGAGCAACAACAUCCAUUACAUUUUUCACAAGGUAAUCAUCCCAAUAUUUCACAUUCACAUAAAUCAUCUACACAAAACAAUCAUGUCAUCGGAAGUAUCACAUCAAAUGGAUCAUCUCCUAUACAAGUAAACAACAAUAACAAUAAUCAUUUAGUAUCACCCCAGACUUCAGGUACCUCAGAAACCUCAGGCAAUUAUGACAUAAUUCCAACCAAGUUUAAUGAGCCACAAGUAAACAAUAACAGCAGGAGAAUUUCCACGAAAUCCAAGAAGCAGCUACUAGAUGAACAAGAUGCAAUAUUAAUAGCAAGGGAUGAUUCAGAAUUAAAUGAAGAAGAAUUACAAUUGAAAAGAAAAGCACAAAAUAGAGCUGCUCAGCGAGCAUUUAGAGAACGUAAAGAAACCAAAUUAAAAGAAUUAGAGACUAAACUAUUACAAAGUGAGGAGGAAAGACAAAGAUUAAUAGAUCAAUUGGAUAGUAUAAGGAAACAAAAUUUAUCAAUAACAUCGGAAAAUGAUUUUUUAAGAAAUAAUGAUGGAUCUCAUAUAAUGCCUCAUACAAAUGUUACUACUAUUGAUAAAUUUAAUUUCCCUCAGAAUCAACAAGAAUUUAUUGCUCAUAUAAUGAAAGAUUCAGGUCAUACUUAUGAUGAAACUAAAGUGAAUGCAGUAUAUAAUCAAGAGGGUGAAAAAUUGUUAGCAUUGGGAGCAGUAUGGGAUUACUUACAAAUUAAAGCAGAGGAAGCUAAUUUAGAUUCAAGCUCAAUUGAUUUUACAGAAGUGAUGAGUAAAUUAAAAGGUAAUGAAAGAUGUCAUGGAUAUGGUCCAGCCUAUUCUUUGAAUUUGGUAAAUAAAGUGAUUAAAGAAUGUAUUGAGUGA